AUGGCGGUUCAGCAAGCCCUUUGCACCCCCGACACACUUGGGCAGUGCCGGAGAUCGGCGAAGAAAUUCCGCCUUCCAACUUUGGCUCUGCUUGCGCUAUUCGCUUUAUUGUGUUUCGGCAGCCCUCUGGUGCAGGGCGGUGGAACUGACGACGACGAGUACGAUGGAGCGAUGGAGCGCGUCCUCGAUUUGGCGCUGGAGUUGCUCGAAGAGCGGCCUAUUGACAUGACUGUACUCAUCAACGCCGCGACGAAAUGCUGUGUGCGCGGAAAAUUUGAAAAACGCUUCCGGGCUAUUGUCUUGAGAGCUGUGAACGAGUUAGGGGAGCGGGUCGACGUUGACGACGUCCACGAGGAGCUGCUGGAUCACGUCAGACGCAGGCACUGGAUCUACAGAGGCAACGCCAGCGACCCCACUCUGGCCACCUACAAUGAGCUCAGAAGCCGAACCACAGACAAGCACUAUUUCGACGAAGAUUAA